CGUCUUUCUUUGUAUUCAAGAUGGCAGCGCCUAUACGGCGAAUCGCGAGUUAUGUACACCCAAACAUACGCAGUAAUUUGUUAUUUACCAGAAUAGGUUUAGGACUCCGAUGUACAAUAUGCAGAUAUUUAAGUACAUUGGUAGGAAGCUCCCAUUAUGAUCUUGCCGUUAUUGGUGGUGGCUCUGGGGGAUUAGCUUGUGCUAAAGAAGCUGCCGUCUACAACAAACAGAUCAUUGUGUUGGAUCAUGUUGAACCAACACCUAAUGGCACCGAAUGGGGUCUUGGAGGUACAUGUGUGAAUGUUGGUUGCAUCCCUAAGAAGCUAAUGCACCAAGCCUCGUUACUAGGAGAAGCCAUUGAGGAUUCUAAGCACUAUGGUUGGCAGGUCCCUUCUGGUGUCAACCACUCUUGGGAAGACAUGGUGGAGUCAGUGCAGAAUCAUGUUAGAUCACUGAACUGGGGUCAUCGUGUUCAACUGAAAGACAAAAGAGUUGAAUAUCUGAAUGCCAGAGGUUCCUUUGUUGAUGAACACACGAUCAAAGCUGUCAUGAGAAAUGGAAAUGAAAGGAUUCUGACUGCUAGCAAUGUAGUGCUCGCAACAGGAAUGCGACCAAGAUACCCUGAAAAUGUGCCUGGAGCAGUUGAACACAGUAUCACCAGUGAUGACCUCUUCUCAUUGCCAGAAUCACCUGGAAAAACGCUCGUUAUUGGUGGAAGUUAUGUUGCAUUAGAGUGUGCGGGUUUCUUGAGUGGCCUUGGUUUACCCACAACUGUUAUGGUGCGUUCCAUAUGCCUCAGAGGUUUUGACCAGCAAAUGGCAGGUAUGGUCACCAACUACAUGGAGGGUACAGGUAUUGAAUUUCUUUGGCAGUCUACACCCAAGAGUCUUGAAAAAAACAACGAUGGGACUGUGUCAGUGAAAUGGACCGAUUCAAGAGGAAAUGAGAAGACAUGUGUAUUUGACUCUGUACUCUUUGCUAUAGGAAGAGAACCUCAAACAGAAAAACUGGGUCUGGAGAACACAAAGGUGAAGCUUCACUCUAAUGGCAAGAUUCAGGGUCAAAAUGAACAAAGUUCUGUACCACAUAUCUACGCCAUCGGGGAUAUCUUAGAGGGUUGUAACGAGCUGACACCUGUUGCCAUCAAGGCUGGCAAAUUGCUAGCUCAUCGACUUUUUGGGGGAAAGUUAGAAGUCAUGGACUAUGAACAGGUUGCAACGACUGUCUUCACACCACUGGAGUAUAGCACUGUUGGACUUUCAGAAGAAGAUGCCAUUGAGAGAUACCAAGAGGAUAACCUUGAGAUCUACCAUGCAUUCUACAAACCACUGGAAUAUACUGUCCCUGACAGAUCCUCAGACCAGUGCUAUAUGAAGGCUGUAUGUUUACGAGAAGGAGACCAAAGGAUUCUGGGAUUGCAUAUUGUAGGACCAUAUGCUGGAGAGAUUAUCCAGGGUUUUGCAGUAGCCAUCAAAUGUGGUGUGACCUAUAGGCAGCUUGCAUCUACUGUUGGUGUCCAUCCAACCUGUGCAGAAGAACUUGUUAAGCUACACAUUACAAAGAGGUCAGGACUUGACCCUACGGUAACAGGAUGCUGAGGUUAAGCUUCUCCCUUCUCCUUAUCAACCCACCUCUAGCAAGAUUCUUGGAACCUGUGAACCACUUUCAAGCAGUUUACAUUUCUACCGGCAAGAAACCAUGCAUCUUUGCCAACUCAUACAAUUAAAACGAGUACAUAAACAUCUCAGACAGUCUCCCUAUUUAACAACACACGACUUGACCAUGUAUUAACAUUUGAUAAUGCCCGCUGCCUAAAUCACG